AUGACAAAUCAUUCAGAGUUUUUUCAAAUGAGGGUCAAUGCAGCCGACAAAAAAGGACUUUCUCCACUUCAAAAAACCACCGCAGCUAUCCAUCAGUUAGCAUAUGGAGCACCUGCUGACCAAUUGGACGAGUACAUAAGGAUGGGUGAAUGCACUGCAAUCGAAUGUUUGUCACAAUUUUGUCGGUGCGUAAUCGAUAUUUAUGGGGCACAAUACUUGAGAAGGCCUAAUACUAAUGAUGUUGAACGUUUACUUCAAUUGCAUUCUGAGCGCCAUGGUUUCCCCGGAAUGCUUGGUAGCAUUGACUGCAUGCGUUGGCAAUGGAAGAAUUGUCUUGUGGCAUGGAAAGGUCAAUUUACUCGGGGUGAUCAAGGAUCUCCCACAAUAAUGCUAGAAGCAAUUGCAUCAGCAGAUUUGUGGAUAUGGCAUGCAUUUUUGGCGUCGCGGGGUCUAACAAUGACAUUAAUUUUUACAUCUCCUAAAGAUCCAAAGAGGAUCAAAUUUAAGCAAAUACAGGAGGCUGCAAACAAAGACGUCGAGCGAAUGGUCCAAUCUCGUUGGGCAAUUGUACGUGGCCCAGCUCGAUUUUGGCAUAAAGCUAAAUUGAAAGAUAUAGUGUACACAUGCAUCAUAUUGCAUAAUAUGAUUGUCGAGGAUGAGGGAGAUGCAAUAAAAAACUGGGAUGAUGAUGAUGAAGAACCAAUGAUCCCUGUGACUCAAGUCGAAAAUUUUCACCAUUAUCUUCAGAGGAAUGCGAAACUACGUGAUCGGGAAGUACAUCAUCAACUUCUGUCGGAUUUGUUCGAGCAUAUUUGGGAACGAUUUGGAGGCAAUAAUAAUAAAAAUUAG